GGCGGGUUCAGAGGAAGACAGAGGAUUGUUGCAAACAACAGCCAAGAACUAGUUCAUGUGGUCAAUAGUUGCAGCAUUUUAUGACAGUGUGCCCUUGUUGCUCUGUAAACACUAAGCAGUGUAACAGUUCGCUGUCUCUGGACAAACAUGGACGAAGUGACAGGAGCUCAGCUAAUUGCUGAGUCUCUUAAAACUCAGAGAGUGGAGUACAUGUUUGGGAUCGUUGGUGUUCCUAUCAUUGAGGUGGCCAUGGCUGCUCAGGCUGCAGGGAUCAAAUAUGUGGGAAUGCGCAACGAACAAGCGGCAUGUUAUGCAGCAUCUGCCAUUGGAUACCUCACUGGGAGACCAGGUGCCUGCUUGGUGGUGUCUGGACCUGGACUCAUUCAUGCUCUGGGUGGAAUGGCCAAUGCUAACAUGAACUGCUGGCCAGUGGUUGUUAUUGGGGGAUCCUCAGAUCAAAACCAAGAAACAGCAGGAGCCUUUCAGGAGUUUCCUCAGGUGGAAGCAUGUCGCCUGUAUAGCAAAUUCUCUGCUAGACCGAGCAGUCUGGAAGCCAUCCCUUCAGUGAUAGAGAAGGCUGUUCGCACAAGCAUUUAUGGACGUCCAGGUGCUUGUUAUGUGGACAUUGCAGGGGACAUGGUCAAUGAAAAAGUGGACAGAAGCAAAGUCAGAGUUGUGUCCUGUUGUUCACCUCCUCCUAUCAGUUUGGCUGACCACAGUGCAAUCACAGAAGCCAUCGCUGUCUUAAAAGCAGCUAAAAGACCUCUUGUCAUCAUUGGCAAAGGAGCAGCCUAUGGCCAAGCAGAAACUGCUCUGAAGGAGUUUGUGGAAAUGAGCCGCCUGCCGUUUCUGCCCACCCCCAUGGGCAAAGGAGUUUUGCCUGAUGAUCACCCCAACUGUGUGGCUGCUGCCCGCUCACGAGCUCUUCUCCAGGCUGACGUUGUGCUUCUUCUUGGAGCCCGGCUGAACUGGAUCCUGCAUUUUGGUCUGCCACCUAGAUUUGAUCCUGAUGUCAAGGUCAUCCAGGUUGACCUUUGUGCUGAGGAGAUGGGGAACAAUGUGAGGCCUGCUGUUGCUCUUCUGGGAGACAUCAGUGCUAUUGUCACUCAGCUCCUGGAGUGUGUCUGUAAAGAUGGCUGGAAGUAUCCCUCUGAGACAGAGUGGUGGAGCACAUUGAAGGAGAAAGCUGCUGCCAAUGCGAAAAUAUCAAGGGCGCUCGCUCUUCAGCAGUCAACACUGCCUAUGAACUACUACACAGUGUUUCACCACAUCUCCCAGUUGCUGCCACGUGACUGCAUCAUUGUCAGCGAGGGGGCAAAUACUAUGGACAUAGGACGCACUAUGUUGAACAACUACCUACCUCGACACAGGUUGGAUGCAGGCACAUUUGGAACAAUGGGAGUAGGCCUUGGUUUUGCUAUAGCAGCAGCCGCUGUGGAGAGGAGCGAGAAUAAAGGCAGAAGGAUAGUCUGCGUGGAAGGAGACAGUGCAUUUGGGUUUUCUGGCAUGGAGGUUGAAACCAUGUGCAGGUAUAAUCUACCUGUAGUCAUCAUUGUGGUCAAUAAUAAUGGUAUAUACAGCGGAGUGGAUCCUGAGACAUGGAAAGAAAUGGCAAAAAUGGGAGAUCUGGCCACUAUAGCUCCACCUGUGACCCUCCUACCCGAGGCACGCUAUGAUGAGAUCAUGUCUGCGUUUGGAGGUCAAGGGUUUCUGGUGAGGACGGUGGAGGAGCUGCGUAGUGCCUUACAGCUUAGCUUGAGUGACUGGAAGAGACCCAGUCUCCUGAACGUGCUUAUCGACCCUUCCUCAGACAGAAAACAGCAGGAAUUUCCAUGGCUGACCCGCUCCAACCUUUAGAUUGAAAGAGAGAGAUCCGCUUCCUCCUUCGUUUGCCACAUUAUCAAAACCGCAGCGAUGGUUUUCCACAGGAAACUCAAACUCGGAAAUAUAAAAGCUGCUUUCGUUUUGUGAUUGUUUUUAUGAAAUAACUAUUUUUCAAUGAUUCUUACUGCACAGUAGUAUUAUAAUC